ACACUAACUAAAAAUGAAAUUUAGUACGUCGACCAUGACACAUGUUAAGGGAAACAUUGUAUUUUCCCCCUUUUUCUACCACAGUCUUCUGCUGGAGGAGAUGGGUAGGUCUGCGCUCUUUGGUCGAUGUGCUGCGCAUGCAGCCCAGGGAGUGCUGACUUGCUGUGGUUGUCAUUGCUUAUCCAGAGAGGGCUUGUUAUCUACAUAUGCUUCUUCAAAGGGGCUGAUGAGGAUCUUGUCCCAAAAAUUGUUGAUACGCUGUUGAAUGUUAAAUUAAGUGAAAAUGAAAACGGCGAGUUCGUAUCUGUUCUUGAUUUACCAGGUGACAUACUCAUCAUACCACAAGCUACCCUAGGUGGUAAACCAAAGGGAAGAAAGAUGCAGUACCAUGCAAACAUUGAAAAAGAAAAAGGGUUGGAACUUUAUUCUCAGUUUGUGACUUUGUGUGAAAAAGAACUGGCUGCCAAUGCCAAAUGCAUGGAAGCCGGUGUUCUUGUCAAGCAUGGCACAUAUGGAAACAGGCAGGUGUUAAAACUGGAUACAAAUGGACCUUACACUCACAUGAUCGAAUUUUGAAAAAAUAAAUUGUAUCCCAAGUACA